AAACGCAUUUCUAUACACGGUACCGCUGUCACUCGAAUUGGUUCCCUAAUUUCGACCUUUCUACGCUCUGCACCUUUGACGUCAAUGAUUCGCGGCGAAGAUCGUGCAUUCAACUCAACAGCCACGAGAUCGACGGAACUCUCGCGUACCCGUGUGUGGAAAGCUUGCAAAGAAACUCCUGGUGUAUUGGUCGCUAUCGGACAGGGCCCAUACGCUACCCAUCCUAGGCGAGUUUUUGAGACGAUCGGCUGCCCCCAUUUCCCUUCAACGCAUUUCAACGAACGCCCAAGGAUGCAAUUGUCUAUCCCUAUGAGGAUGCGUGGUGCUGCAUCCGCAUACGACGGCAGCUGAAGUCCCCGUAGGUGCUGAUAUUUUGCCGCAAGCUGGGAAGUGUUGACCGAUUGUCUCGGGAGAGCCAAUUCCUUAACGGUAUGAACGUCGGUUAGCAGAUACGGCGUGGCCGAACCCUGUCUACCCGAUAUUUUAACCGAGAGUUGUACCGAGUCCCUUUCCUCUCUCGUAACGUCACCGGUCCAAUGAAGCUGGACAGGGUGGGGCGUGCCUUCAAGACCAAGUUCGUCCAUCAACCCAUGGUCCAUAAACGUUGACGUCGAGCCAUCGUCGAUGAAGGCGAAUGUUUCCACCUUUCCUCGUGGCCCGUACAGCGUCACUGACAUACCGGAGUUACCAUGGGUGCCUUCCUGGUGCAGCAGUGAAUUAUGCAAGAUACUGCACCCAUCUACGCCACAAGGAGUUGUGAUGUUGCAUCUUCCGUUGUGGUAUUCGAGACAUCUGCGACACAGUUUGCGUUCGUUGAUGAACGCCCUCCUUGCAGCUACCGUAGUCCUGAGAAACUUCUCACAGGCGCUCAACGACACGCACGUCCCCCCACAGAGGAUACACGACGAUGACUCCGGGUGGCUGCUCGAUGAAGGUACACCGCUGCUGGACUCAUCCUGGAGUACCACGGCGUUACAGUAAGCAGGAGUAGUACGUACAUAUGGAACGGUACGGUGAGGCUGCAUU